UGCCGUAGUUGUGAGGUUGCCUGGAGACGGCGGAAGCGAGCGGCAGCUAUGGAGAAGUACGAGAAAAUCAAAGUCGUCGGAAGAGGAGCUUUCGGGAUCGUUCACCUGUGCCGCCGGCGCAGUGACGGGGCCUUUGUCAUCCUGAAGGAGAUCCCGGUGGAGCAGAUGUCACGGGACGAACGUCUGGCGGCGCAGAACGAGUGUCAGGUGCUCAAACUGCUCAACCACCCAAAUAUCAUCGAGUACUAUGAGAACUUCCUGGAGGACAAGGCCCUCAUGAUAGCUAUGGAGUAUGCACCAGGUGGGACUUUGGCUGAUUACAUACAGAAGCGCUGCAACUCUCUGCUGGACGAGGACACGAUCCUCCACUUCUUUGUGCAGAUCUUACUUGCCUUGUAUCAUGUCCACAACAAACUCAUCCUGCACAGGGACCUGAAGACUCAGAAUAUUCUUCUUGACAAGCAUCAGAUGAUCGUCAAGAUCGGCGACUUUGGCAUCUCCAAAAUCCUUGUCAGCAAGAGCAAAGCGUACACGGUGGUUGGGACUCCAUGCUACAUCUCUCCAGAGCUGUGUGAAGGGAAGCCAUAUAACCAGAAGAGUGACAUCUGGGCUCUGGGCUGUGUGCUUUAUGAGCUAGCGAGCCUUAAGAGAGCCUUUGAGGCCGCGAAUCUACCCGCCCUCGUUCUAAAGAUCAUGAGCGGUACAUUUGCCCCAAUUUCAGACCGGUACAGUCCAGAACUCCGACAGCUCAUCCUCAACAUGCUCAACCUGGAUCCGUCCAAACGGCCUCAGCUCAAUGAGAUAAUGGCUCUCCCCAUAUGCAUCAGACCACUGCUUAAUCUCUACACGGACGUAGGCAAUGUCAAAAUGCGCAGGAUUGAGAAACCACUGUCUACUGUGCAUACUUGUGCUCAUGGUAGAGCAGGGGGCAGAGUUCCUACCAGCAGGUCAAGAGACGGAUCAGUCGGUUUAGGGUCAGGGAAGGUGCACUCCCUCCCCCUGUCCUCGGUGUACACGUGGGGAAGCGGCAUCUCAGCGCCUCUACGCCUGCCAAUGCUCAACACCGAGGUGCUGCAGGUGUCUCUGGGCCGCACUCAGAAGAUGGGGGUCACCAAGUCGGGCCGUCUCAUUACUUGGGAGGCUCCAUCAGUGGGAUCCGGUGAGGCCAGUCUGCCCGGUGUGGUGGAGCAGAUGCAGCCUCAGUUCAUUUCUCGCUUCCUCGAGGGUCAGUCUGGAGUCACCAUCAAGUCUGUGUCCUGUGGCGAUCUCUUUACCACCUGCAUGACAGACAGGGGCAUCAUCAUGACGUUUGGAAGUGGAAGCAAUGGCUGUCUAGGACACGGUAACUUCAAUGAUGUAACACAGCCAAAGAUAGUGGAGGCCCUCCUCGGCUAUGAGCUGGUUCAGGUGUCAUGUGGUGCUUCCCACGUUCUCGCUGUGACCAAUGAAAGAGAAGUAUUUGCCUGGGGAAGAGGAGACAAUGGUCGCCUCGGGCUUGGCACCCAGGACACCCGCAACUCUCCACAGCAGGUGUGUCUACCUGUGGAAUUUGAGGCCCAGAGGGUUGUGUGUGGAGUUGACUGCUCCAUGAUUAUCAGCACCCAGCAGAGGAUAGUGGCGUGUGGAAGCAACAGGUUCAACAAGCUUGGCUUAGAUAGGAUAGCAGCUGUGGAGGAACCGAAUCCCUCGGAUCAGGUGGAAGAAGUUCAUUCGUACACCCCCGUCCAAUCAGCCCCACUCCACACUGAGAAGAUCAUUUACAUUGACAUUGGAACGGCCCACUCUGUUGCCGUCACGGAAAGGGGCCAGUGUUUUACCUUUGGCAGUAACCAGCACGGCCAGAUGGGCUGCAGCUCCCGUCGCAGCAGCCGUGUGCCCUGCCCGGUACCCGGCCUGCAGGGUAUCGCCAUGGCUGCAUGCGGAGACGCUUUCACCUUAGCUAUUGGAGCUGACGGGGAGGUGUACACCUGGGGAAAGGGGGCCCGCGGCCGCCUCGGCAGAAAAGAGGGGGAUUCUGGGAUACCGAGGGCGGUGCAGCUGGACGAGACCCACCCGUUCACGGUGACAUCGGUGGCUUGUUGUCAUGGCAACACUCUGCUGGCAGUGAAACCUUUGCUUGAGGAACCUGUCCCGAGAUGAUUUUGUCCUGGAAUCAAACCCACACCCGUUCAGCGGUCGUCACUGAGUCCAGCGGUUGCGUGAGCUGACAGCUUCUUCUGUCUCCUCCCAGAGGCCAAGCGGGCGCUGCAUUUGAAAGAUUCCGUUUCCUACUGCUGCCGGUGCCUCAGAUUUUCACUUGGUCUUUCUUCUCGAUCUCUGUUUUUCUUUUCAGGGAUGAAUGUUUCUGCUUCGUUCCGUGUCUAUCGUGGAGCAAAACACAUAAAAGUUCAAAACCUGACGGUUGCAGCGGGUGUACCUCACAGCAGGUUGGUUAAAAGAGAUGUUGUAACACUGUUGUUGAAGCUGGAUUGCAGGAAGACUUUUAGCCAUGUCACAUGCGGUUAACUAUUGUCCUUUCUCACGUGACAUGAUAAGCCACGAAACCAUGACACCAUGAAAGGUCAAACUGGUUCAAGCGCUCUUAAGCAGCCGAUGAAUGUGAUAAUACAAUGCACAGAAACUAAAAGAAAGAAGCCACUUUAGAGUUUAUCAGUCAAAUGAACCAAACACGUUAAUCUUGAUCACGCCGUCAGUGGUCACAUUGUGCUUUAUUGGAUUAACUCUGCCAUACAUUUGUAACUCGACAGCAGUGUUCAGACCAAAUAACGACGUGUUGCAGAGGGUUAGACUAAAACAAGACUUGUCUGAAAUCACUCCCUCAUUUCCUCGUUCACUAUUCCUCAGGCUGUAGUGAUAAGUAAACCCCGAUUUCAGACACUUAUGAAUCAUCUACAUUGUGGUAUUUACAUUUGUUAAUAAAAGUGAACACCUGGUUUGUGGGAGUGUUAGUAGGAAGUACUUUUUUUGUCUGAAUCUUUGAGGGCACGUACAUGGUCACUCUGGACACAGUAUAAUAUAGUGCACUAUACAGUAAAUAAUGAGUGAUAUUUUAAAUAAGAUUGUAUAUAUAAUUGUGUAAACUGUGAUUAUAUGUCGACCAAAGACUGUUGAGAAAAGAAAACUGCCAAAGCAAAAGGCCCACAUGUGCCGAGCAGAAGAAGUAGUCAAAUCAUAUACUGUUGCCAUAUCAACAAAGUUGAUUGAAAUUGUCUUGGCGAGCUCAGGCAAUCAUGGACCAGAGAAAAAGGAAAAAAUGCACACUCAAAAAUACAUCAUAGAGUAUAAAAUGCAUAAAUAAAAUCAGAGAAUAGAAUCAUAAAUCCUCAUGUAAUUCAUAUGUAAGUAUCACUUAUGUUGCAGCUGGUAAUGGCGAGGCUAAUUUGAAGUACUUAACCCAUGAUACUACAUCAUGGUAGUAUUUUUGCAUUAUUGAUUUGAAUCUGCAAAGUAACUUAAGAUGCCAAAUGAAAUUAGUGGAGUAAAAAGUGUGUACAGUAAGUAUGACUGAAUAUUGUGUACCAUGAAAGGGAAAUACUCAAGUGAAGUCUAAAUACUCCAAGGUAGUAUUUAGUCACAGCCCUUACUAUAACUGGAGCCAAAAAGUGAAUAUUUGUAAUAAAUAAUGUAUUUUUAUAAUAACA